GUCUGCACGCCGUGAUUCCAUCUAAAUAUCUCAGAUCUCAGAUCUCAGGUCAACUUCUCCAUUCACCAUUUCCAAGUGAUUUGUUGAGAAGAUGGCGGCUAUUGCGCGGCUUCAUCUAUCGGCGAAAUCGAAUCAGAACAGUCUGCCUUCGCCGAGAGCGAUCAGCCUCUCUCGCGAUCCAAGGAUUGUCGUCUCGUUUCCACGAAACGGAUCCGUUUGUUCACUCCACACCAACUUCUCUUCCCCAAACCUCGCGAUUCCAUGCGCCGGUGGUGGUGGAAACUUCGGUAAUCCAGGCUCAGGCGGUGGAAGCGGAGGAGGAGGAGGAGAUGGUUAUGGAGGCUCAGGCGGUGAAGAAGGCAAAGAAGAAUCGUCUCCAUGGGGACCAAUAGGGAUGUUCAUCCAAGGAUGGAGAUCGCGAGUCGCAGCUGAUCCACAAUUCCCAUUCAAGGUACUCAUGGAAGAGCUUGUUGGAGUUAGCGCCAAUGUACUUGGAGACAUGGCAUCACGCCCAAACUUCGGCUUGAACGAGCUCGAUUUCGUCUUCUCCACUCUCGUUGUAGGUUCGAUCCUGAAUUUUACACUCAUGUACCUCUUAGCUCCCUCUGCAGUAUCUGCUGGCUCCUCCAAUUUAUUGCCUGGAAUCUUUAGAAGCUGUCCAUCAAGCCAUAUGUUUGAACAGGGAAGCUUCACCGUUAUGAACCGUUUUGGGACUCUUGUGUACAAAGGAAUGGUUUUUGCCAGUGUGGGAUUAGCUGCAGGUCUAAUGGGAACCGCCAUCUCUAACGGGUUGAUCAUGCUGAGGAAGAAGAUGGACCCGAGCUUCGAAACGCCGAACAAACCGCCACCGACGCUGCUGAAUUCACUAACUUGGGCAGCUCAUAUGGGAGUGAGCGCCAAUGUGAGGUACCAAACGUUGAACGGGGCUGAGUUCUUGAUGGCUAAGGGUUUGCCUCCAUUGGUGUUUAAGACAGGUGUGGUGGCUUUGAGGGUUGUGAACAAUCUUCUUGGAGGAAUGUCGUUUGUUGUAUUGGCUAGGAUGACUGGAUCACAGUCGGUGGAGGACAAGGCAGAGAUUUCAGUGGAGGAGAAAGAUGAUUGAGUUUGUCUCCUCUUAUAGAGUUUUUUUUUUUUUUUUUUCUGGUUCCUCUUUUGGUGUUCAUAGGUAGGAGACGCAAGAGGCAUCUUCUUGAGUUGAAACCUUUUUCACGUUCUUACUUACAAAAGCAGAAGACAUUGUUCUCCUAUGUGUUGGAUUAAAUAAAGACGUAUCCCUUCUUGGGUCAAUCCUAAUACAUCUAU